UCUCAAUUUCGACUGCUAAACAUGAUUCAUAUAUAGUUCACCAAUGUGAGCAAUGGCGUUGUGUGUAAAAAUUAGGUAUCUCAUUUUAUUUUUCUCCUCCAGGUAGUCAUUUCAACCACAUGGAACCAGGGAAUGACACUCAACUUUCAGAAUUCCUCCUUCUGGGAUUCUCAGAGGACCUAGCACUGCAGCACCUCAUAUUUGGGCUCUUCCUCUCCAUGUACCUGGUCACUGUGGCUGGGAACCUGCUCAUCGUCCUGGCCAUCCUCUCAGACCCCCACCUCCACACACCCAUGUACUUCUUCCUCUCCAACCUGUCCUUGGUGGAUGUCUGCUUAACCUCCACCACCGUCCCCAAGAUGCUGGUGAACAUCCAGACGCAGAGCCAAGCCAUCAGCUAUGCAGGCUGCAUCACCCAGAUGUUCUUUUUCUUACUCUUUGGAGUGUUGGACGACUUCCUUUUAGCUGUGAUGGCCUAUGACAGGUUUGUAGCCAUCUGUCACCCCCUGCACCACAUGGCCAUCAUGCACCCUAGACUAUGUGUGCAGCUGGUUUUGCUGUGCUGGGUCAUCAGUGUCCUGCAUGCCUUGUUGCACAGCCUACUGGUGCUGCGGCUGUCCUUCUGUGCACACCCGGAAAUCCCCCACUUCUUCUGUGAGCUGAACCAGGUGAUCCAGAUUGCCUGCUCUGACACCUUUCUCAAUGAUCUGGUGGUCUAUUUUGCAUCUGUGCUGCUGGAUGGAGUUCCCUUGGCUGGGAUCCUGUACUCCUACUCUAGGAUCGUCUCCUCCAUCCGUGCCAUCUCCUCAUCUCAGGGGAAGCAUAAAGCAUUCUCCACCUGUGCCUCUCACCUCUCCGUCGUCUCCUUAUUUUAUUCCACAGGAAUAGGAGUGUAUAUUAGCUCUUCUGUUACCCAAAACCCACAAGCAACUGCAGUGGCCUCGGUGAUGUACACCAUGGUCACCCCCAUGCUGAACCCCUUCAUCUACAGUCUAAGGAAUGAGGACAUAAAGAGAGCCCUGAAAAGAUCUUUGGAAGGGAAACCACGAAUGGACAACGAUCUUGGGACUGAAGAAGUGUGACGUAUUGUAGGAAUCAAUCCCUCAGAAGCGGAGAUUCUUACUGUCCAUCUAGUGGUGAAAGUAAAAUUUUCUCCUCUGUUCAUUUACUGGAGUUUCCAUGACCUUGACUUCAACUUCUGUAUCCAGUUUAAGCCACUCACUUACCAAGCCUUCUGCUUUCUUCUGUUUCCCAUAACUUUCCCAUACCUUUCCCAGGUGUUCCUAACAUUGGGUUGGAAAUAUUUGGAAAUUCCCAUUUGUCUGACAGGACAAUAGUAUACUUAAUAAUUUGUCUUUAAUGAAAUAUACUGUACUGAGUAGUAUUUCUUUUAUGCAGAACAACACCAUUUUGUUUACUAUUACAGAUAGGUUACCUGGGGCAGCUAAGAU